AAUCUGACUUAUCUCUCUUAAUCCAUAUUUUAAUCAGGUUUUUCUGUUCAUAAUCAUGAUACUAUUCCUGUUUUUAGAUGCAAUGUAUUGUCAAAACUAGUACUAUAUAUAAAAGGUUAUGGUAUCACUAACUACAUCACAAACAACUUAAAAAUUGCUCUGUCAUAUUCUUCAGACAUGAAGCAAGACCUCUCUACUAUGUCAACAACCUGGGAUGGACCAAACCUUGAUGAUCUGUCUGGCAAAUCCUGCAUGAAAAAAAAGCUGAGAUUAUUCGGAAUCGAGGUAGAUCCUUGCAGGAAUGUCCAGAUUACAGGGGAUGAUCGCGACGAAAGUGUCAAUUCCUCCUCCACAACAAUUUCAUCAGACAGGGAGAAACUCUGCAUGGAAAGAUCAGGAGCCAAGAGUACUCAUGAGCCUGAGAGCAAGAAAUUUGAGUGCCAAUUUUGUUUCAAGGAAUUCGCAAACUCGCAGGCCUUAGGGGGGCACCAGAAUGCUCAUAAGAAGGAAAGAAUGAAGAAAAAAAGGCUGCAGCUACAAGCAAGGAAGGCUAGCAUGAGCUAUUAUCUUCAGCCUUACCAGAAUCAUCCUUUUGGCUACCAGGCCUCUGUGCCAUUGUUCUACGAUCCGUCGUAUAAUGCUCCUGAUUUUACGAUUUGUGAUCAGGAGCCACAGAUUAGCUUUAGUCCUUAUGAUCAGGAUUCAGGUUCACAAUGGUAUUCUUUGCCUGCUCAUUUGCCUUAUCAGAAUGAUUCGCGUAAAUUUACUCUGACUCAUGCUGAUCAAUCUGGAGGAAACCGAGCUGUUGCUGUCAAACCAGCUUCUCGCUUCUCUGGCUCGCAGCAAAAUUAUCAAUCCCUGGAUCUUCACCUAGGAUUAAGCUGAUCAAAUAUUUGAUUUUCAUUGCUUUGAUCUCCAAUUUGGAGCUCAGAACAGUCUUGCAGAAGACUCGAGAUGAUUGCAUCAAUCUGUUGUCAGUUUAAUUACGAAAAAUGUAUUUGGGGUACAACUUACAAGCACACGAUUUCUUCAUGCAUGAUGCAUCGGAUAAAGAACAGUGUAAUUUUAUUCAGUCGGAUCGAAUGAUGUAUCAGAUUUUAGUUACCUUGAACAAUGAUAUGAGUUUAGUAUGAUUCAA